CAGGACCCUCUUCUCUACGAAAAUACCCUCGCCUUUUGCUUCUUCUGUCCGACAAAAAGAUAUUGUAAGAUUUACAUCCUUCGACCUUCUAUUCCGUGUAAUCCAACUUCUCGAGUCCUCGGUGCGAAUUGAUUGUACUGGGUACACAACACCAAAUAAUACGACAAGAGGCAGAAAGAGGGUGUGCGAGUGUGAGACGUCCCUGAAAAGAAAUCCACUUAGGUCCCAAGGUCCCACAGAAAGAGACGGCCACACGGGGACUAGAAGAGAAAAGUCUAAGACAUUUAAAAAUACCGAUACUUUGGCAACAAACAGGAACCAAGAGAAAAAGAGAGGAAGUCGACCAGAAAAAAAAUAAGAACUAAUCCAUCGAUUGAUCUUUCUCUAAACAUGGCUUUAAUUGUAAGAUAAAUUAUUCUUUCACACACAUCCUCGCCCUAUCCCUCGCCGUCUCCCUCAUUUCUACCAAUUGUUCAUGGUCGCAUUCGCAUCAUUGCCCCUAAAGCUGCUAUACCUUCCCACUGCUGCGCAUACGUUUGCCUCUUGGAAGGGUGCACAAUAUCGUUGUUCGCGCGGAUGAUCUGCGAGUGGCUCGCAUUAAAUUCAAGGGAGUCGGGGUUUGAUCAGGCAAUCAUGGGACCUUGUACUGACCUUGUGUUUCUCUGUCACAGUUAUGCCUCGCGCAUUAUUGCGACACUCAUGGUCCGACCCCGGUUAUGGUAACAGAAGCACUUCCCGUGGGUUGUACUUCGUGUCCAGAAAAAGACGAAUUUAUCCAUCGGCGACCUAGCACAAGUAGAUCUUUUAGAUCCUCGGAACCUUCUUUAAAUACAAACGCGCGCUCUUCGAACAGAACAAAUUCUACCGUUUCAGAGGCAGAUGUCGCGGCGAGUAGACCUGCUCUACAUGUGAAUUCAAAUCCUUCGAAUGCUUCGAAUACAACGGGUUCCGCGGUCGAAACACCACCUCAAAGUCCUAGAGCACCUGCUUUGCAGAAUACACAAAACACCACCAAUAAUUCGCGACGCGAUUCGAGCUUUCGGAAAACAUAUCCAAGUGAAAAGCCAGGUCCAUGCGAAAAUUGCGCUCUCACUUUACCUAAGAAGACGAAAGAAGAUACGCCUACAAGUCCCAAACCUGCGGCAGGUGGAAAACUCGACAAUGGUCCAAUUUUGCGAACACGGAAACCGUAUGAACGCAUUGCAGGCCAGAGCACCCCUCCAAAGUCUGCAUCUUCAGAUUCGGACGAUUCGGAAUGCGCAAUUCAGAAGGAAGAACGGGAAGACCAACAUCAGGCGCGAAGAUCCUCUAUAAAGCGAUCCGAUACAUCCUCUCCUACCUAUACCACUAGAGAAUUUCUCUCGCAUAACCAUUUUAUCGACUAUACGUCAACGCAUGAACCUCUACAACCUAACUCUUUCUCAAUUAUCCGCCAAUCGUGUCUCCGGACCCUCUCUUGCGAAACCCUUCCACCAUCCUCAAAUCCUACACCUAACACCACGCCCUCCUCCCCAUUCAUCUCCAGUUUCUCCUCUCACCUCGCCUCUUCCACAACUACCUCAUCCGGCGGCCCAAUCUUUUUUGGCGAUCCGAUGGCCGGCUACACUACAGCAUACAUCUUCCGCAUUCCGGAUCCUUCCGCACGCGGUCGUCGUCGCGUUUAUGCUUUGAUUGCCCUCUCAACUCAAAAAGAACGAAUGGCUAUGCGCACUUUUUCUUUUCUCGACGCCGCGUUUCGCGAACUUGCAGAUUGGAUUGCGCGUCUUGCCGACGAAGAACUUGCACGUUCUGAAUCAGCACUUCAGUCCCCUAGACUAGGCGACGAGAGAAAUGGUAAUGGAAAUAGUAAUGGUGCGUUUGGAGGUGGUGGUGCGACGACAACAUCCACUUCUUCUUUCUUGAGAGGUGGUAAUAGGGGACCUGAUGGCAGAAUGGUGGGUGCCAGUUUGAAGGGUAGAGGAUUGGCCGAGUUGGUGGGACUACCGGAUUUCUUUAUUGAGCUGCAUAGUAGAUUUGUGAGGUUGCUUGCGGAGAUUGAAAGGCCAAGAUGAAAGUCGGUGCUCGAUUCGGGGAUUUCUGAUCUGAAGUUCAAAGGUCGAAAUUGUCAAGACGAGGGGAACGAAGUAUUCCCACCUAAUUCUUGCACCUUCGAAGGAGAGGAGAUGCGUUGUUAUGAUUCAUGGUGAUCCAUAGAUAUUGGCGUUUGUGAUUCCCGGUUCAGUUCUUGUUGUGUAUUGUGUUAGGUCCGUCUAGUGCAGAUUGGACCAUACGAUUGUUUGGAGUCUUGCGCUUUUUUCCUUUGCUUUUUUCUUGGGCUGUUUUAAUUUUCCUUUAGUGUGCUGGGACGAUGAGUAAGAAUGUUGGGAAAGUGUAAACUCUAUAUUGGGAUGGAUCUAAGAGCGUAUUAGCGUUUUUGUCUGUGAUCUGGGCGAGAGAUGGUGAAAGAUAUGGAUAUGAGAGAGAUCUAUGGGAACAGGUGGAUUUCACGAUAUGGAACAUGAAAGGAGUAUUUUGUAGGAUGUACCGGUGUAUGGGAGGAUAAGGAAGAGGGAAAAUGGGAAUUUUGUUGUGUGUUUUAAUUUUCGGAGGCGUACUUGUUGGGCGAGCCAAAGAUAUUGAUACCAUAUCGUGGAUUGAUGGCGUGGCGGAGAUGUAUAGUUUGUUGUUAUUGUAUAUGUAUAUUGAGUGGACUGGGAGUCUGUGAGUACUAAAACUGGAUGGAUGGGUUUUGAUUUGAGCUGGGAACAGAGGAUUAGAGAAAAUAAUGGGAUGGAAAAUGGUCGGAGCAUGUAGUUGUUAGUAGUUAGAAAUAGGUAGUAAUAGGUAGUUGA